AUACAUUAACCUUACUUUCUUGUUGGGAAUUUGGAUAUGCAUUUUUUGUAGAUUUUCCUUCUACUUUCUAAUAUUUUAUUUUAAAUUGCUGAUAUUCCUCGGUACAUUUCAAAAAUGUCAAAUAGCCACCUAUUCUUGAAACCAGGAUUCAUAAAAGUGCCACUACAGAACGGAGUUGGUCGAUAUGUAGGACAAUUACAGAGGGUGGUUUUGAAAUUUUGCAAAAGCAGUGGGUCCAGUCGUGGGAUGAGGGAAUUCAUAGAGGCAGAUUUAGUAGAUUUUGCAAAAAAUAAUCCAGGCAUUGUAGUAUAUUUGAAACCCAGAAGACAUAGAACAGCAAUCAUAAAAGCUGAAUAUUUGAAUGGAGACAUACAGUGGUUGAACUGUAGAAAUUUCACAAAAGAUGAAAUCACAAAAUGGAUAGAUCUCCUGAAAACCCAACAGAAAAAUAGCACAGGAAUGAGGAUUCGUAAACUAUGGCACACUGAUAACCCUUCCAUACAAGGGCCUUGGACACCAUUUACAUUCAAGGAUCCAAAAUUGAAUCUAGCCAAAUUUCCUGAUGAAGAACUGUCAACACCUGAUCAUCUAAAUAGGACAAGUCAAGAUGAGUUGGUUGAAUUAUUUAAACAGCAGAAACUUGAAGAAUUAGAAAAGUGUGAAAAUGUGGAAAGAAUUAAUGCUACUAAUUGACUUGUGGGAGAGCUAGUUUAUUAAAUAGAUAUAGGUUGCAAAGUUUUCUAAAUUGUUUAUCCCUAUUCCCAGUUGUGUAUAGUUUGUUAAAUAUUGUAUUUUCAAUUUUUAUUUUGGCAAAAGCUUGAAAUGAAAUAAAUAUACACAUGUUC